AUGCUCGUUGCAUUUCGUGGAAGGUGUGGGUUCAUCCAGUAUAUGCCACAAAAGCCGGCUAAAUAUGGUCUCAAAUAUUAUGCACUUUGUGACAGCAAAACAUUUUAUACCUAUAGUUUUGAACUGUACUGUGGUAAGCAACUGGAUGGGCCAUAUGGUAAUAAUUCUAACAAACCUACUGACAUUGUAAAACGGUUAGUUGAACCAAUAAAGAAUUCUAAUCGCAACGUAACUACUGACAACUACUACACAAGCUAUUCGUUGGCUGAGAAUCUGCUACAGGUAGGAUUGACCCUGGUUGGCACUAUGAAAAGAAAUAAAAGAGAAAUACCUCCAGAAUUUAUAUCGGAAAAAAACCGCCAAGUUGGAUCCAGUCUGUCAGGUUUCCAAAAUGACAUGUCAUUGACGAGCUAUGUGACGAAAAAAAAAAAUGUGUGA